GAAAAACCCGGUCUAUGUCCCUAAGCAUCUCCUCUAAGCAUGUGAGGCCACGAGGAGCGACCAUCUGGUUUUGAGACAGCUCACGAAACCUCGUCUUGUCCUCCUCUGAGCCGGCGGCGAAGCGAGCGGCGGCGCUCUUCUCGACGACUACGUGGAGGAGACGAACCCGGCCAUAAGUCCGUGUGGAUUCAAGAAAAUGGAUGAGAAGCCAUACGAUGGUGAAGUAUUAACUCGUCGAGUUGAAGAACUCCAGCGGGAACGUGAUGAACUGAGAAAAGAUAUCGAGCAAUUAUGUAUGCAACAAGCUGGGCCUGGUUAUGUUUCUGUUGCAACUCGAAUGCUUUCUCAGAGGACAACAGCUCUGGAGCAGGAUAUUGAGAUCCUUCAGAAGAAGUUAAGUGGAUGCUUAAGAGAGAAUCAAAAUUUGCAAGAGGAGCUUGCUGAGGCUUAUCGAGUUAAGAGCCAGCUUGCUGAUUUAUAUGGUGCUGAGCUAUCAAAGACCAAGGAGCUAGAGCAGCAAGUGAGGUUUUUCCAGAGCAGCGUUGCUCAAGCAUUUGCUGAACGAGAUGGUUCAUUGUUGGAGUGUGAGAAAGCAAAGGAGCGAGAAGAAGCAGGGUUAAAAAUGUGCGCUACCUUUGAGGAAAGGACGAGAGAAUAUCAAACUGCAAUGGAAGAUCAGAAACGUUUGAACGAUGACCUGCAAAUGGAGUUGACAGAACUAAAAGCGCAUACAGAAUCUUCCUUGAAUGUUAUUAAAAAAUUAUACGAAGUUCGUUCCAGAGAAUGUGAAUGCCCUUCAAACAUUACUUUUGAAGAGAAAUGUUCAAUUCUUCUAGAUGAUUCUGCUGACAGUUGGAGUUUCAACCUGGAUGGCGAAACCUCAACUUCGAAGUACAUUGCAUCUCUAGAACAGGAGAAUGAGUCGCUUAAAGCUAAAAUAUCUAAGCUGCAAAGCAAUCUAAGAAUGAGUUUCGAAAUUGAACAUCACUUGCAAAGAAAUGCACGAACACUGGAAAAGAAACAGGCACUCAGUGAUGAUCUUAUGAGAAAUGGUCUGUCUGCUCUUCAAAAAGUCUAUACAUAUCAAAGGGCUGAAAUUAUGAAAAUAUUGGAAGAAGAAUUACUUCUGUUAAGCACGGCUGUUAAUGAGAUUCAAGACAAGUUAACUCAAAUUUGCAUCAAUGCUGAGAUCAUGGGUAACCCUGUUGGGAAGAUGCAAUGCUGUGACAGUAGUUGUAAAGACGUGCAUGUUACUAUGGAUAUUGGCCCUGAAACCAUCCCCAAGGGUGAUGUUCCUACACGUUAUUCUACAACUUUUGAUGAUUCAAAAGCGCUUGCUCAAACUUUGCAGGAGAAGAUGGAGGCGCUUAUGCUUUUCUCACAGGAACAAGAAAGAUACCUGUUGGAAAAACAGAAGAACCAAGCUAUUAUAGAGGACCUUGAGAAGAACUUAUCUCAAGUUAAAGAUGAAAAAGUGAAGGUCUUGAUGGAGUUAGCAAAACUGAAAGAAGCUUAUCUCCUGAAAUGCAGCUCUACUGCAAAUGAUGGUCAUGGUAUUGUUGAUACUCCAAAAAUCACUUCUGGGCAUGACCAACAAGGGAUGCUGAAGACUAUUCUUAACAGAACAUCUCUAAGACAAUGGAUAAAAAAGGAAAAUAAUACUGGGCAUGAGAGCUCUGGUGGAAAUGACCAGACAGUUUGUAGAGGGUGCUCAGUAGAUCUAUCAAGGAUGAAAGUUGAAAAUGCUACCCUUUUGGAAAGUGUUGCUACUAUGGAACGUCUCACUUCUUUGGUUCAUAGGCUGCACAGAGUGCUUAUGAAGGUAUAUGAUGAUGUCAAAUCCGGGUGUUCUUCGGAGAGUAGUUAUGAAGCACUGAGCAGUCUUAUAACAGAAGCAAACCUUAUGAGAACGGCUCUGGGCGUCGUUCUCCCAGUAAGCUGGUCAGGGGAUUCAUCAGGUGGUAUCACUUCAGACUCGCCUAAAUCAUCAAAAUCCGAAAAGGUGGAUCCCCUUGGUUCCGCUAGCAUGGAGAUGUUGGAGCUACUUAUAUUGGCCGCGGAUAUCCUCAGAGAGAGCUUCAUGUUGAAGAAAUGAUUAAGGAUUCAGAAGCAUGUAUACAAUUUAAUCUAUAGAGAGAAUUGUCCGCUUGAGUUGAUUUCUUAAUGUGCACUGCUACUGUGUAAAUGUGCGGAAGUGGAAACUGCUGCAAAAUGUUUGUAUAUGAAGCUGAUGGUUUGCAUGCCAAAGAGAUGGUAAAUCCUGCAAACUGAUGAUUUUGCAUGUCAAAAUUUACCAGCUAGUACUUGUUGACAAAUUACAUGCAUGAGUGAGCGUCUGUGCCAUUUUUAA